AUGGAUCACGCAUGGCUUGAUUCAUUGUCUGAGGAUUGGGUUUCCCAGCCCAGAUCCGACAAUUCACAUGCCCAACUUCCAACCUUUUCUUCGCCGAGCAGCUCGCGACGCGCAAGCGUACGAGAGCAGCUCAGCAAAAUGCCACGACCAAACCCAAACAGUAGCAGGUUGCGACCCACCAAUCACGACGAUGGCCCGCAUGCACUGAGCGAAAGGAGCUCCAACGAGAUCAACAUCCCCGGAUCACAAUGCGCUCCAUCGAAACUGUCGCAAGGGAUCAAGGCCUCUCAGCGGGGACGCCAUCUCAGUCGGUCUGUGUCUGCCUCAACCACGGCGUCCGUGAUCCAUAAUACAGUGCAACACAAGUCUUUGAGCGCGUCUCCUCUGAAGAGCAGAGAUCAGGUGCCGGAGUGGAAGAGAAGAUUACUAUAUGGCGAGAUCGCAUAUGGCGAAUCCAAAGAUCUGUUCAGCUCAGCCGGAACGGGACUGGAGAACAUGUUUCGACCACCUGCACCGGUGGCGCCUGAGGCAGACACGCCACCAGACGACACGGUGAACGAGACGACCUUACCUUCAAGUCCCCCUCCAUACCGAAGACGCCAGUUCGACGAUCAUGACCCCGAUAUCACAUUUGAGUCAUCAGGCAAUGAUUUCUCGGCAAUACCGGCCCCUCGCGUUAGAGAAAUGAAGUACAAGAGGAAUGAUGAAUCUUUCGCGCAAUUUAACCGACCUGACGGCUCGACCGCGGAGCGCAGUCUCCACGCGCAGGAGACUGCCAGUAGAGAGGCCAGUGAAACAUCUUUCACCUCGAUGAGCGCAAAGUUUCGAAUGGAAGCGUCGCGUAAAGCCAGUGGGAAAAGUGACGUGCGUAAUGAGCACUUCAGCCCCAUAUUGAUAUCGCGCCGCAACGCCGAGGAUGGUAGAGUCAGCUUUGCUCCCGUUGAUCUUCCCGCAGAUCAACUUCAAAAAAAGCUAGAGAAGUUGAGGCAAAACCAGAUGCUACUCGACUCUGAGCCUGACAGUAGCCUGGACCAGGGGCUCAGCACUGCUGGCGAUGACCAGGAUCCUGAAGACACGGACGAUUAUGCGAGGCACGGCGGCUUCCUCAACGUGCGUCGGGGUGGUCGCUCCGCUGAAGAUUCUUUCCAACACCGACUAUUGAGUCCUCCGUUGAACACGGAUACUUCAGAAAUGCUACCCGAGUCAUCGCUUCAGGCUAGUACACCGAAGCAGUUCCCUACGAUUCGCACAGAGCGCUUUGCGUCUGUCAACAGAAAGGAGAGACCGAACACACCUCCAAGCCCUGUCCAACCACGGGGGCCCAACCCUAGCCCAGAGAAGCAGCUCCAGCCACCGCAAGCCAAGAGCGGAAGUCCUCUGAAGCUUUUCGGGCCGUACGAUACAUUCACAAACCAGACUUUACUACGACGAAUCAGUCAGUUUGAGGACCAGAUGGCUGACAGCCCCGAGCGCUCAAUCGACCAAUCAGCCCAGCCUGUGAACAAGUUUGGCUCCGGUGAACUGGAUGAUUACACUUUCAACGAAGACAUCUCGCUGUAUUCCAGCGAACGGUCUCAAAUGGACAACGAUAAGGAGAAUGUGGCACCAGAGGAAAACCCCUUGCCCCCGAGUAAACCCAUCAAAUUCGACAUCAGUCACCAUUCCGCUACCUCUAACGGAGGAUAUCUCAUGGUUAGACGCAGUCGGCAGAAGUCGAGCGCUACAGCCCCUUCUUCGAGGCCCUCAUUCAUAAGUUCCGCAUCACACUUAAAUUCCCGGCCCGGCAACUCAUCGGAAACAAGCUCUGCGGGCUAUAGAGUCCAAGCAACUCCCCAGAGAGAUAUUUCGGAGGCCAAAAGACCGCGCACCUCGCCUUCAAAAGAUCCAACGCCAAAACGAAGGCGAACCCUCCAUCGAUCUGACAUCGCAUACGGAAUGGAAGAACGGCCUGCGGCUAUCGAGUCGGUUCUGUCAUCUCAUUACCAGAUGCAGUCCGCAAUGGCCAAAAAGCGAAUGGACGCACGUCUAGGUGACGCCCAACCGCCAGCUCACCCAACGGUUAUGUCUAUGCGCCAAAUCCUCCGCCCACGCACGCCAACGCCGAGUCAAAGAUCAUCAACUCAGCGCGAAAGGGCGCCGCUUGCAGAUAUCAAUUUCAGUGCUGACAGUCUCGAAAAUGGAUCAUCCUUGGAGGGUUCCCAGAUUCUCGUACAAGACUUUGCCAUCGAGGGAUCACGGAAAACAUCUAUCAAGACUGAGGAUUUUUUCAUCGAGGCAAACAAGAUUAUGGCAAUGAUCAGAAACAAAGCACGACCGAAUGGACUCAACAGUGUCGAAGAAUCAGAGGCCGAAGGGAACGUCGUUACUCCGGAUGAACUGGAGGAUUCAUACCAGGAAUCGACCAGGGAGCCCUUUUCGCGGCCGCCAAGCCGGGAAGGUCGACCUGUGCCCCGAAUGCCUGCGCGACAGGAGGACCCAGAACUCAUCAAUCGCUUGAGGAAGUAUGAGGAAGAUAGCGAGAUGGGAGAUCUCAUUGCCUACUCUAUACGAUCUAUGGGACUAGCCAGGGAAGCUGUUGAAGAGGAGACCAAGCUCGCUCAAUCUGUGCAGGAGAGUAUAAGAAGCAGUGAGAUGCGCCACAGCACCCAAGCCGUCGACGAAAUCAUCAGUGAUCUAUCCAACGUCAGAAUUUCGCGCAACCCGGACGCCCCUGCAAGUUCAGCACACGCUGACUUUCCUUCGCAAGGGUCUCGCUAUUCCGGCUCCUCCUCUAGUCAUUCUAUGCCCACGGUGUCAUCGCAGGGUUCCGACUCGAGAAGACUUAUUGUGCCCGACUUGGUGACAGGUCUCAUUGGAGAAAAGGUCGGUAACAUGGUGUUGGACAAGGAGAACAAGGUCUGGAUGAAGAUGAAGACGCCCAAGCCGGCGUCAAAAUCAAGGAACUUCCUUCCCUCAGAAGACAGCGAGGAAGAUCCCUUCGCCAGUAUACCUGAUCUUUCAGUCGACGUCAACAGAGAAAAUGAGAACCUUGGACUGAAAACAGCGCCACUCGACGACCUGGAGCAAUUCGUGCAAGAUGAGUUCUCUCCAGCUCCAUCUUCAGUGAAAAAGUCUCGGGAUGCUAAGAGCAUUAUGAGCCAUACCAAGGAGACUUUCACAAGGAUCCAGCAAACUCUGAGGGCAAGUGGCGGUGGGGACGACGAAGAUAUCGAGCAUGAAAUAACAAUUCACGAGGACCGAAUGCAGAGAUCCAGUCCUAGUCGGCGGAGAAAUCUAACCAUUACCUUCUCGUCGCCAAUCGCCUCAAUUAUCCAGGAUGUGAUGCCUCAGCAGUCAGACGAGACCAAUGCAGGUGACGAGUCCAGCGUGAUGGACCAAUCAGUUGGUGAUAUUACUGCUGAAUCUCUAAGAAGGGGACGACGUGUCAAUGUGGCACGGGCAGUGGGUACGAAUUCAAACAAGUCCAGGUCAAGAAGUCGCUCUGAGGGUGCUGCCAGGAGAAGUCUGUCUGUCAGGGGACGCGCGUUCAUGCCUCGUCCGAUUUCUCGGAUCGACGAACAGGACGAAGAAGGGGCUUCAGAGCGAGGCUCACCGAAGCAACGCCAGGUCAGCAUACGUGGCGAAUCCACCAUCGUUGGGCCAGACGAGCAUGAAAAGUGCAAGACAAGCGUGAGCUUCAUCAUUACCACCCCAGGUCCAACAAGACAUCUGCCGCCCCCUACUGCGACUCCCACGAUCGGGCGCCAUGUAGGGACUUAUUCCCUGAGCCCCUUGUCAGACUUCACUAUGAAUCAAGCCGACCAGUCAUGUGGUCUGGAAGUCAGCUACGUUGUAGGAGACAACUAUCUCGUCACUGGUGAUGGAUCAAAGAACAUCAUGUCACAGGCGAUUCGGAAUUUGGUUGAGAAGAUUACCGAGGUGGAGCCUUAUGAACCAGACUGGGAUGCGAUGCCAGUAUUGGAAAUCAACGACAAGCAACUGAAGAGCCUGCACAAGCUGGAUGAGUUCUGUGGCAACAUAAUCACCCUUGACGCGUCGAACAACUCAAUCCGUCACUUGGACGGUGUGCCUGAAAGCGUUCGCAACUUGAAGUUGUCGCACAACCACAUCUCAGAGCUGGCGGCGUGGGGCCACCUGAUGAAUCUGCAAUACCUCGACAUAUCGGACAACCAGAUUACCAGUCUGCAUGCCUUCAAGGAGCUAGUUCACCUGCGCAGUCUCCGUGCCGACAACAACCAGAUCACUAGCUUGGAUGGCAUCAAAUUUCAUGACAGCUUGCAAGUCCUCCGGGUUCGAGCCAAUUUGAUUGAGCACGUUGAUUUGGAUGGGACGAGAAUGGAGCGGCUAACUGAGCUUGACUUGGAAGGAAACCAGAUUAGCACAAUCCGGAACAUCGAGCAACUGCCUUCUCUGUCAACCUUGAAUGUCGAACACAACCAACUUUCGUCUUUCGGACCCACAAUGAACCAAACCAUGACAUGUCUCAAGUAUCUCAAGUUGUCUCAUAAUGCCCUCACUACUCUUGACCUCUCUGCGUUCCCUGCCAUUCGCCUACUGCAUGCAGAUCGCAACCACAUCACAGCUCUCACGGGGUUUCGCCGUGCGCAACGGCUGGACAGCCUGUCUCUGCGGGAACAAAAAGGCAGCGUUCCGCUCGACCCCUCCUUCCUGACUUCAGCGUACGAAGUUCGUAAGCUAUACCUCUCGGGCAACUUACUCACGACCUUCAAUCCACUCGUCGACUUCCUUAACCUCCAAUAUCUGGAGCUUGCAAACUGUGGUUUGCAGUCUCUGUCCGACAACUUCGGCCAGUUGAUGCCGAACCUGCGGACUCUGAACCUGAACUUCAAUGCGAUUGAAGAUCUCUCCCCAUUGCGCUACAUCCCGAGACUGAAGAAGCUACUCGUGACAGGCAACCGACUGGACGUAUCGACAGGGGUGAUCGAUAUUCUGGCAGAGUUUCCACAUCUAAGCAAAUUGGAUACUAGGGACAACCCGUCCACAUUGGGGUUUUAUCCGCCCCUUCAGAGCCUUGUUCCUCUUGAGCAGGAUGCAGAUUACAAUCCCUUCGUAUUGCCGGAGGCGAACACAGAACGAGACGAGAUAUAUGCAGCAAGGUUGGAUCUCGGAACCAAGAAGAGGAGGCGCUUGUAUGAGAUCAUGCUCACGCAACGCUGCCAAAAACUAAAGGUGUUGGACGGACUCCCUGUGGAUAGACAGAAGAUCAAGAGAAAGGAUGCAGUUUGGGAGACACUGGUGGAGUCUGGUGCUGUCUCGGAGAAGCAGAGAAGUGAGAGUGAUUCAAAGCAGAGCGUCAAAGGCGAAUAA